CGCACUCUGACGGAUGAAGUGUGAAAAAUUGUGCGCUUCCGAGGCAGCUAGGAAACAAGAGCGUUGGGGUUUGGUCGUGAAAGUGAAUUUAGUGGCUCGCAAAACUCGAAAACAUCGUCAUGUCUGAUCAAUACGGCGGAUACGGCGGGCAGGAUUACGGCGGCGGCCCGGUUCAGUUCAAUGUGCCUCCGCCACCAAUUAACCAGAAUUUCAGCCAGCCUCCCCCGAUGAAUAAAUUCGGCGGUGGUACAACCGGUUCCGGUUCUGUUGGCGGUGGCUACGGUGGACAAAGUGAUUACAAUAACGGCGGUGGACGUGGUGGCAACAGUGAUGGUGGGUACGGCGACGGCAAUCGUGGAGGCAACAGUUUUGACAGAAGAGGUGGUAACCAAACCGGCGGCUACAGCAGUGGCGGCGGCAACAAGGGUGGUUAUAACAAAGGAAGCGAUGGAGAAAUGGUCACUCAGGAGGACACGAUCUUCAUCCAAGGCAUGACACCAGAAACAACGGAAGAUGAAAUAGCCGAACGUUUCGGAUCAAUUGGUGUGAUUAAGCGGGACAAGCGCACUCAGAAACCGAAAAUCUGGAUGUAUAAAGAUAAAGAAACGGGGAACAUGAAAGGUGAAGCGACGGUCACAUACGACGAUGCUAGCGCUGCACAAUCUGCUAUCGGUUGGUUCGACAACAAGGAAUUCAAUGGCGCGGUAAUCAAAGUGACGUUGGCCCAAAGAGUUAGCACCUGGCAAAAUAAGGGAGGCAGCCGUGGAGGCUUCAAUAAGGGUGGACCUGGCGGUUACGGUCGGGGCGGUGGAGGUGGUGAUCGCAGUGGAGGUGGAGAUCGGAGUUCCGGCUUCAAUCGCAUGGGUGGCGAUCGGGACGACAGUCGGUCCCGGCCUGGUGGUGGCGGACCCAUGGGAGGUGGUGCAGGGCGUGCUGGUGGUGGAGGUGGAGGCGGAGGUUUCGCUGGUGGUGGCCAAGACCGCGAGGGUGACUGGAAUUGCGGAGAUUGUAACAACAAGAACUUUGCCUGGCGCAACGAGUGCAAUCGUUGUAAAGCUCCGAAAGGCGAUAAUGCUGGUGGCGGAGGUGGCGGCUUCGGCGGUGGUAAUCGCAACGGCGGAGGAAUGGGUGGCGGAAAUCGCGACCGGGGAUCGUUUAGCAACCGUGGCGGAGGUGCCGGCGGCGAUCGUGGCUAUGGUGGCUCCAACCGCGGAGGACGAGAUGGCGGCGGUUCGGGUGGAUACGGAGGUGGUGCAAUGCGCGGAAAUGAUCGUAACAACCGGAAUGAUCAACGACAACGUCCUUACUAAGUUGGAUCCAAAACAAAGUUCUAUCGACGAGCAGAUCAACAUAACACUAUCAUCCCAGCAGAAGUGGAUGUCAAUAGUGUACUUUUUUAAUGUAAUCUAUCAAUCAUCAUCACCGACACGUCAGAGCCACGAAGACAAACCCUAGGCCGCGUAAAAACCGUUGAAACGUUGAAGAGACGUUGAACUUAGCGAAAAAAACGGAGCUAAAACGAAGAAAACAAACGAAAAACCCACGUACAUCCAUAACGACGAGUCCGCCUGAUUUCGAUCAUCAGUGCUUGUCUGCUUCGAUACUCGAUUGCCAUCCAGUGUUGCAGCUGGCUUUAUCCUGCAUUAGAGUGAGUGCUGCAAUGCCCUGAAUGCUGUGGAAGAAGGCAUACAGCGAUGAGCACCAUCUACACUAGAUUUGGCGUAUAGCACCACUUUUUCUCUCGAUGGUGCUGCUGUGCCUAGCAGCACCUUACCCAAUUGUACGCAUUAAUUUCCAAUUGUAAAUUACCUUCGCGUAUACGUUUAGUUGUGCUUCUCCUGUAAAAUUAGCUGGGAUAGUAUAGAUCGCAGACAUUUGCUGGAGCCCUCUGCUGCGAAACACGAGUAGAAAGCAGUGGCAUUUGUUGGUGUCAAACAUAGGCACAACGUAAGGGCUGGCAACACACAAUCCAAUGCUACCGGAGCUACUUUCCUCACGAACGCGCAGUAGUGUGGAAGAUGCAUGGAAGUAUCAAGAUAAUGUCCACCGUCCUCCAGAUCCAACUGGUCGCAGGGGAGGUAUACCACUUAAACUAAUGAAAGAAAUAAAAAUUG